CGGGUUUUCGUGAUUUGUUUUUGUUUUAUAGUUUUAAAAUCUUGAUGAUGAAGCAUUAUGAUAUGCAGAAUCUUCAGUUCCGAAGAGUUGUUCUCUUCGCAUGAUUUAGUUUAUUCUGCUUUGAUUGGCUUCUUUGUUGAGUUCUGUUUUUAGGCUCCAACAGUUUUCCGGCGAUCUGCGUUUUUGACAAUUAGCUUCGUUUGCAGAUUCGGUGAUGAAGAUUUGUGAAUUUCUCUGAUUAAAAACCAAUGGACUUCUUUUUGAAGCUCUGGCGGUUUCCGGUGAUUUUGGAGGUUCUUCAGGUCGCUUUCUACAUCGACGAUAUCCAGCAACGACAUAUGAUUCAUCUCUCCACGUGUCUCAACAAUGGUUAAUAGCUUUACACGUGCCUCUGCUUUGGAUUUUUACAGCUUACUUCUUCAAAGGGUUUUAGUUUUCUGGACUGGGCUUCAUUUACUUUGGACCUAAAUUUAACAGACGGACUUGGUGGUUUCUUUUAUACAAUAUUGGAUUAUUCUAUUGUUUAGAUAUAGUCCAAUAUUGUAAAGCUUAAUGUGUCAAGCCCUGUAAAUGGAAGUUUCCACAGUUGUACUUUUUACAACACAACUUUGAAAUAAAAUAUAACACUUAU